AUGUUUCUGUAUGUUUGUAGCCAACACGACCAACCGCUUGAUUGCUUCGGCUCGAGCUUUGUGUUUGCUUCUGACCCUGCCCCAGCAUCUGGAAUCCAAUGUGUGUGGCGGAUGAAAGAUUCAUCCAGAGAAUCCGAUGUGAUGUCAGCUCUCGCGCGGGAGUUUUGUGCCUUUAUGGUUCGUGCUUCAGGUCUGCAGUCCAAAUUAGAAGGAUUUAUGGAGAACAAGUCGCUGCUCUUUAAAGGCGGAAACCUUUUGGAGGAGCAGAAGUUGGAGUGGACCCUUCUACAUAAAGAAUAUAUCGAACUUGCAGAGCAGCACAUGGAGGAAUUUCUGCAAGAGAGAAGCGCAACGGCCGAAGAAGUUGCACAAACAUUGCAUGAAUCCUUAGGCAAGUCUUUGUGGUCCUUGCCUUUGCUGCAAUCUUUGGACUAUGAAUCAUUUGCAGCACAAAUGAUUGCUCGCGCUUCUGCACCACAGCUGCAGUCUGAGGCUCUCGCUUCAGGCGGGAUCUUUGGUGGGAUUUGGAAAUUGCAGCAGUCUGAACCCCGACACUUGGAGCGUUUUCUGAAAGCACAGGGCGUUCCAUGGAUCUUGCGGCGCCUACAUAUUUUUGCAGAGAUCCGUGAGGUAUGCAUCGUAGAAAUGCCGGGUACAGUGCCCAUGUUCACGCUUCUGCAUCUUAGAGAUCAUGGCUUUGGCGUCUCGGAAGAGCAGGUGGUGGCAGACGGAGCGGAGCGCACUGAUGGCAGAUUUAGCACGAGAGCAUGGCUGACGGACCGAGAACUGCAUAUCGUCACAAGACCAGUGGACGGGUCUAGAAGCGUGCUUCAGACAACCUAUACUGUGGCUAGUGAUGGCAAUUCAUUACUUUUGCGACGUUCCUCAGAAGACACUGUGCUGAACACCCUAAUUGAUGAUGAAGCAUCGUGGUUUGUUACACAGCUCUUUCAACGCUCUGAGCCAACGCAAAAGGCAGAUUGUGGGACCUGCCGUUCCAGAGAUACGGAGCCCGUUGAAACUGCGAUAACGAGCCCUUCCAAAGGCUAUCUUCGUGAACCAAGUGAGCCUCAAAGUCCAGAGCCAGAACCAGAGCUGAGAGGACGGGUUCCAACACCUCCUUUGAUGCCUUGUGCCCCCACAGGCCCGCCGACUCGGCAGCCUGUGGCAAGAAGGAGGUUUCGACACCCUGCAUGA